AUGGCGGCUAUAAAAGCGGAGGAGCUGAUCGAAAGUGUAAGAAACUUUCCAGUUUUGUAUGAUCAGACUCAAGAACAAUAUAGAAACUCUGACUAUAAGGAUAUUAUUUGGAAAAAAGUUGCAAAGGAAUUGAACGUAGAAGGACAAGAGGAGGAAUGUAAAAAGAAGUGGAACGGAAUUCGAGACAGUCUGCGAAGAGCUAGACAGAAAAGGAAAACCAAAUCUGGACAGGCGGGAACAUUAACCAAUAAAUACAAAUUUGAGUCCAUCCUUGAAUUCUUGAUUCCUCAUCUCGGUGAACGGAAAGGCCUAAGUAAUGUUCCUGAUGAAGAGGACAUAAGUGAUGAAACUCAACUCAAUGACUCUCAUCAGCAGAACUCCACCAAGGAGUCACAAGAUGUCAAUGGCAUUGAACCUCAGGAGAGUGUAGAAUCCGUGUCGUUGCUAACACCUACAACUCCAGCAAGUCGACCAUAG